GGCCGCCCGUCUGUCUGGGUGUCUACGCGGGUGCAGCCGUGCGCCCCUCCCCAGCCUUGGGUGCUGUGCAGGGGGAGGCAGGGCGUUUGCAGAGCCUGGCCCGCACCCCACAUCCGCAGCCGACUGACCCUCAGCGCCCGCGCCCCUCCCCUCGCAGCCCGCGGAGCACCCCCCCUCUCCCCCGCAGCCCGUGCGCGGGAGCCUACGGGGGCCAAGGCGCGGCCGCAGGGUCGCCAGCUCCCUUGUUCUCGCUCGCUCGCUCUUAGCGCCCGGGGGCAGCCGAGCCAGGAAGCCCCAGCCACCUGCCCUCCAGGAUGAAGAAGCUCCAGGGAGCUCACCUCCGCAAGCCCGUCACCCCAGACCUGCUGAUGACCCCCAGUGACCAGGGGGAUGUGGACCUGGAUGUGGACUUUGCUGCCGACAGGGGCAACUGGACAGGCAAACUGGACUUCCUGCUGUCCUGCAUUGGCUACUGUGUGGGCCUAGGCAAUGUCUGGCGCUUCCCCUACCGUGCCUACACCAACGGGGGAGGCGCCUUCCUCGUGCCCUACUUCCUCAUGCUGGCCAUCUGUGGCAUCCCCCUCUUCUUCCUCGAGCUCUCUCUAGGCCAGUUCUCCAGCCUGGGACCCCUGGCCGUCUGGAAGAUCAGCCCCCUUUUCAAAGGUGCCGGCGCGGCCAUGCUGCUGAUCGUGGGCCUCGUGGCCAUCUACUACAACAUGAUCAUCGCCUACGUCCUCUUCUACCUCUUCGCCUCCCUCACCAGCGACCUGCCCUGGGAGCACUGCGGCAACUGGUGGAACACUGACCUGUGCCGGGAGCACCGAGGCCCCAAGGACCACAAUGGGACGCCGGCGCUCAAUCUUAGCGGCACUGUCAGCCCUAGCGAGGAGUACUGGAGCCGCUAUGUCCUGCACAUACAAGGCAGCCGGGGCAUCGGCAGCCCCGGGGAGAUCCGCUGGAACCUCUGCCUCUGUUUGCUGCUCGCCUGGGUCAUCGUGUUCCUCUGCAUCCUCAAGGGGGUCAAGUCCUCAGGCAAGGUGGUGUACUUCACGGCCACGUUCCCCUACCUCAUCCUGCUCAUGCUGCUGGUCCGAGGGGUCACACUCCCGGGUGCUUGGAAGGGCAUCCAGUUCUAUCUCACCCCCCAGUUCCAUCACCUGCUGUCUUCUAAGGUGUGGAUCGAGGCCGCCCUGCAGAUCUUCUACUCCCUGGGUGUGGGCUUCGGGGGGCUUCUCACCUUUGCCUCCUACAACACCUUCCACCAAAACAUCUAUAGGGACACCUUCAUCGUCACCCUGGGCAAUGCCAUCACCAGCAUCCUGGCCGGCUUCGCCAUCUUCUCCGUGCUGGGCUACAUGUCGCAGGAACUGGAUGUCCCUGUGGACCAGGUCGCCAAAGCAGGCCCUGGCCUGGCCUUUGUGGUCUACCCACAGGCUAUGACCAUGCUGCCCCUGGCACCCUUCUGGUCCUUCCUCUUCUUCUUCAUGCUGCUGACACUCGGCUUGGACAGCCAGUUUGCCUUUCUGGAGACCAUCGUGACAUCUGUGACGGAUGAAUUUCCCUACUACCUGCGGCCCAAGAAGGCUGUGUUCUCGGGGCUCAUCUGCGUGGCCAUGUACCUCAUGGGGCUGGUGCUCACCACUGAUGGGGGCAUGUACUGGCUGGUCCUCUUGGAUGACUACAGCGCCAGCUUUGGGCUCAUGGUGGUGGUGAUCACAACGUGCCUGGCUGUCACCCGGGUGUAUGGCAUCCAGAGAUUCUGCAGAGACAUCCACAUGAUGCUGGGCUUCAAGCCAGGAAUCUACUUCAGGGCCUGCUGGCUGUUCCUAUCCCCAGCCACACUCUUGGCCCUGCUAGUGUACAGCAUUGUCAAGUACCAGCCCUCUGAGUAUGGCAGCUACCGCUUCCCAGCCUGGGCCGAGCUGCUUGGCAUCCUCAUGGGCCUGCUGUCCUGCCUGAUGAUCCCGGCUGGCAUGCUGGUGGCCGUGCUGCGAGAGGAGGGCUCCCUCUGGGAGCGGCUCCAGCAGGCCAGCCGACCGACCAUGGACUGGGGGCCGUCACUGGAGGAGAACAGGACGGGCAUGUAUGUGGCCACUCUGGCCGGGAGCCAGUCACCCAAGCCGCUGAUGGUGCACAUGCGCAAGUAUGGGGGCAUCACCAGCUUCGAGAACACCGCCAUCGAGGUGGACCGUGAGAUGGCCGAGGAGGAGGAGUCCAUGAUGUGAGGCGGGGCGGCAGAGCCAGGGCCACACGGGCAGCAGUGUGGUCGAGGCUGUGGGAGGGUGCAACUGGGAUGCUGGCCUUGGGCAGGGCCCUCCUGUGGCCUCCACCUCUCCUCAACCCCCUACACACACACACACACACACACACACACACACACACACUCCUACACAUAUUCAUAUUCCUGUUCACCCCUACACAAAAGCUAUACACACCCCUACACACACCCUACACACAUACUUACACACACACACACAUACACACACACACACACCUUAAAAACUGACAAUGAUCCCAUUCAGCCAUUUUACAGAUGGACAGACUGAGGCCAAGGAGGAAGGACAUGGCCCAAGGGACUAGACCUCAAAUAUUCGGACCAGCCAGCUCCCUUCUUUUUUAUAUGGCAGCUGGGGUCAUUUCCAUAGCUCCAUGCAGGGCCCAGACUCCACUUUUCUUGGAGGGAGGGGGCUGCUUGCCCUCACAUGAACUGACACAAACACAAGGAGGCUGGAGUGGCAGGAGGCCAGGGUCAAGGGUCAGAGCUGGCAAGCCAGGGGGAGAAUUGCAGGGGGGCUACAUGUGCAGGGCAGGAGGUAGGGCAGAGGGCAGGCAGGAGGGGCUGGUUCAACCAAAGUGUGGAAGUUAGACUGUCUCCCCCUCUACCCUGAGGUCAGAAGCUUGGACCCUGGAGCCAGGGGUCAGGGAGUUGGGGGAGUGGGAGACUUUACAAUAGGCACCAGAGGGGCUGAGGGCUUGGAAAGGGCAGUGGGGGGUAGGGGGCUGUCUUAACUUUGCUUCAGGUGACGUCAUUCAUUCUGGGCCAAUGUGCAGGGUGCAUUAGCAGGGUGUGGUGGUGGGGAGGGGGUCUGCAAAGCGUGGGCCAGAGGGGGCUGUGGCCUGAGCUAGGGUAUGAGAGGGGGGUGGAGAAGAGGUGUGUCUACAUUCACUAUGGCUGGCCCUGCAGGCUCAGGCCAGAAGGAGGCAGGAAGAAGGAGCCUCAGCCAAUAUUCAGAGCCCUGCUCUUCCCCUUCCCUGAGUCCCAGUGGCCCUCGUGGCCCUCCCAGCACUGCUAAGAGAUUAGCUGUAGUUGACCAGGGCGACUCAGAGAAGGUCCACCUGGGUGGCCCUCUCCCCACUCUGCUCCUCAGGUGUGAGGAAGGAGGGGGGGCCACACACCAGGCCUGUGGCCAGAAGUCUUGGCAUCUUCCACUUCCAGCCUUGGGAAGGGCUGCCGUGGCGUCCCUGCUUCCCCAAGUGAUGGCUGGAGCAUAAUGACGCCUGAGUGUUGUCUGCCAGUGCCACCAGUUCUUAUUUCUCUCCUGGUGUGUCCCCUGCCCAUCCGUGUUCUGUCCAUUUUCUUGUUCAUGAAUAAACACCAAUGAGGUCA